AUGUACGAAGGGAUUGACAACUUGAAAUCCCUUUACGACCGUGCCGGGAAGACUUUCUCCGGCGGUCCUUCUGCGGCACAGGAUGUGCCGCGUCGUACUGCUCAACCAGACCCAGUACGUCGAUCAUCAGUUGGGAGCGGGGCUCCCAAGAAUCCCAGGACGGGGGAUAGCCGUGCCACCGAUCGAGAUAACUCGUCCGACGUCCGUUCACGUCGCGGUGGUUCAACAGCUGCUCAACUAGAUAGCGCUGGCCACCGCGAGAGUCCUCUAAUGGAGGUGGAGGAGGAGUAA